CCUUCCCUAUCCUUCUCUUUCAUCUUCCUCCUAACCUUUCUUUCUUUCUGCAUCUCCUACAUCGCUCCGUUAAUGGCGCCUCAGAUCUAUCCUUCCGAUAUAUAAACUCCUUCUGAAACACGUCCCAAUUUUUGUACUUCACUAUCAAUCGAAAGAUCUCGAGCUUUUUUUUAUAUCACUCUCAAACGAACGCAAUGUACAAGCGAGUGUCCUUAUCGUUUCCAGAAGAAGUUCUCGAGCACGUAUUCUCGUUUAUAAACCUAGACAAAGAUAGGAACUCGGUGUCUCUGGUGUGCAAGUCGUGGUACGAGAUCGAGCGGUGGUGCAGGAGGAAAGUCUUCAUCGGGAACUGCUACGCGGUGAGCCCCGCGACGGUGAUACGGAGGUUCCCGAAGCUGAGAUCCGUGGAGCUGAAAGGGAAACCGCACUUCGCGGACUUCAAUUUGGUGCCGGAGGGAUGGGGAGGGUACGUGUACCCGUGGAUAGAGGCGAUGGCGACGUCGUACACGUGGCUGGAGGAGAUAAGGCUGAAGAGGAUGGUGGUGAGCGACGAGUGCUUGGAGCUCAUAGCCAAGUCGUUUAAGAAUUUUAAGGUUCUGGUGCUUUCGUCAUGCGAAGGCUUCUCCACCGAUGGUCUAGCUGCUAUCGCCGCCUCUUGCAGGAAUCUGAAAGAGCUUGAUUUGCGUGAGAGUGAUGUUGACGAUGUCAGUGGCCACUGGCUUAGCCAUUUCCCAGACACAUACACUUCUUUGGUGUCUCUCAAUAUCUCUUGCUUAUCCUCUGAGGUCAGUUUCUCUGCUCUCGAAAGGCUGGUGACUAGGUGUCCCUCCCUCAAGUCUCUCAAGCUUAACCGAGCUGUUCCUCUCGAAAAACUGGCUACUUUACUUCAAAGAGCGCCUCAGCUUGAGGAAUUUGGCACCGGUGGCUACACUGCUGAUGUGCGUCCAGAUGUCUUCUCUGAUUUAUCUGUAGCUCUCUCUGGCUGCAAGAAGUUGAAGUGCUUAUCUGGGUUUUGGGAUGCUGCUCCUGCCUAUCUUCCUGCUGUUUAUUCCGUUUGCUGUCGGGUUACUACUUUGAACCUGAGUUAUGCGACGGUUCAGAGUUAUGAUCUUGUCAAGCUUCUUAGCCAAUGUCCUAAAUUGCAGCGCCUCUGGGUGUUGGACUACAUCGAGGAUGCUGGUCUUGAGGUGCUUGCUUCAACCUGCAAGGACCUUCGCGAGCUGAGAGUGUUUCCGUCCGACCCUUUUGUCAUGGAGGCAAACGUUGCAUUGACGGAACAAGGGCUUGUCUCGGUCUCUCUGGGGUGUCCAAAACUCGAGUCGGUUCUCUACUUCUGCCGUCAAAUGACCAACGAUGCGCUGGUAACCAUUGCUAGGAAUCGUCCCAACAUGACCCGCUUCCGUUUGUGCAUCAUCGAGCCGAAAGCCCCUGACCAUAUGACUCUAGAGCCACUGGAUGUGGGAUUUGGAGCCAUAGUAGAGCACUGCAAAGAUCUCCGGCGGCUCUCCCUAUCGGGGCUGUUGACCGACAAGGUUUUCGAAUACAUUGGGACAUAUGCAAAGAAGAUGGAGAUGCUGUCAGUGGCGUUUGCAGGAGAGAGUGACUUGGGAAUGCAUCAUGUGUUGUCAGGGUGCGAUAGUUUGAGGAAGCUUGAGAUAAGGGACUGCCCGUUUGGAGACAAGGCGCUAUUGGCCAAUGCUUCGAAGCUGGAGACAAUGCGAUCUCUUUGGAUGUCUUCUUGUUCGGUGAGUUUUGGAGCCUGCAAGUUAUUAGGACAGAAGAUGCCAAAGCUCAAUGUGGAAGUCAUUGAUGAAAGAGGUCCGCCGGACUCGAGACCAGAGAGCUGCCCUGUUGAGAGAGUGUUUAUAUACCGAACAGUGGCGGGUCCUCGGUUUGACAUGCCUGGCUUCGUGUGGAACAUGGACCAGCAACACUCAACCAUGAGGGUUUGCCAGGCAAAUGGUCACUACUAAAAAAUAAACGAGGUACAGUUUUUCAUCAAUCCUGUUCAUCAUCGCCCAUAUUCUAAUCGUUCCAGUUUAGGAACACGAGAGAGAGAGAGAGAGAGAGAGAGCUCCAUUAAUUUAAUCCUGAGCUGCUUCAUAUGACUACCAAGCUAAUGAGCAAAGAAUGAGUGAAGAGAGAGGGAGGACAUAGAGAGAAAGAGAUCCGAGAGACCUUUGUUGUAUGUUUGUUUGUCUUACUUACUGAGAGAUUCUGGUGGGGUAUUAGUUUUGUUCAGAGUACGAUGAGAGAUUUUUUAAAAGACAAUUGUCAAACAUGUAACUGUACUAUCUGUUUGGACUCAUUUUCUUAAAUCCUUUUCAAUAUGUUUUUAUCUCUUCUGUCUCUGCCAAUUUCAUUUGUCCGGUUAGAGAAACUGUGUGCAGGUUAUUCGGUUGAAGGAACAGCAUACAUUUCUUUGAUCUCAGGGGCCCUCGACGCUUAUAAACCAGAAGAAUAGUUGCAGUUUUGUCACUAGAGGGUAAAGAGAAUCCAAAGAUAGAAACAAAGAGAAUCUUGCUUUGAGUUUAGAUAUUUUGGCAACUAAAACUGUACCAUCGUCAACUGUAGCUCGAAAAUUAGCCAUGAGGCCCAGUGCAGUAAAUAAUAUCAUAUGAUUAUUUUUUCUUUUGAAAGAAUAAAUAUCAUAUGAUUUAACAAGGUGAUAUUUUGCAUUUCUUUUUGUUGUCAACGCAUAAAAGAUGCUUGUAUUUGAGUAUCAAUUUUCAUACGUUAUUAUCUUCUCUAAUACAGUAAUUUUGUUUUCUUAGAGAGUUAUAAAACUACACACACACAGCACAUGCGGUUUACCUAUCUCGUUCAGUCGUUUAAUGCUAUAUGAUAUGGCCCAUAUUCAACUAUUUUUAUUAGCUCCCCUUGUUCCACGCUUUAUAAGAUGAACCGUAGUUGAUGUAACCAGUUUUAAACCAACCGGACCAUGGUCAAGCGCAAACAUUUAGGUGACUAGACUUGCAAUUCAAACCUUUGACUUCUGGAGUCUGAGUCAUGCAUGUUGUGGUUGAAAGGAACCAAGUGGCAAAUGAAAUAGCAGUGAGUAUGACUCAAGUACUGUACUGGUCAGAUUUGGCUUCAAAACCUCAUCGCUCAAGAAGCGCUAACAGCACUCCUCUGGUUCGUUGAGUGGCUCAUAUAGGACUGCGAGGUUCCAGCAGUUGACAUUCCAGGCUUAAAAGCCAUGGUGACCCGCAUCUUUUCUCAUCCCUCUUCCUCUUUUAAUUUGAGGUGUUUCUGUUUACCUAUUUUCUAUGAGCAAGAAAUUCAAAAGAUCCUACCUUACCAAGAAGUAAAACCCUACACUAAAACUGUCACUUGUGGAAUAGGUUCGUAUGCUCCUAGAGAACAGUUGAUGAAGACAAGUCGCAAACACACCACCAAUGUAUCUGGAAUAGAAUCCCAACAAAUGCAAGUUGUUAAAGAGUACAUACCACAGCUCUGGCAAAGAAAGAAAUAGUGUCACGCCCAUAAACUCUAAAAAUUAGUACACCACAUGACUAGGUCAGAGUUUAAAAACCAAAAAGAUGGACUAAUGUCAUGUGAUGUAGCGCAAGUUUAUCACCAAUACCUCUCAGCUACAGAUUCCACAGUCAUGACAAUGAAAUUGUUGUUUUGAGGUCUGCAAACAUAAUAAUAAUGGCACGCAACAUGGAGGAGAGUUACUUUCACUUGAAAAUAAAUAAUCUAAAAUAUUGCAACUGUUGUAAUCUAAAAGUAUUUCCCCAUGCAGACGCCGUAAUUCGAGCAGACUUCAGCCUGAUAAAUUUUAUUUUAGUGAUGAUUGAUAUCAACCAAAAUAAUAUAAGUUAGAGAAACAGAAUAAUCACCCCUACACCUUGCUCAGAUCUUUAUUACUUGCUAAGUAUCUAGUUUUAGGGUUCCCAAUUAACUUUGUUUAGCCCAUAAUCUCAUUGACUACUUAAUUAUCCAUGUUUUAGAGAUACACUAGAGACGCUAACCGGUGGUUGUGAAUAUGAAUAAAAUAGAGUGUUCAGUAGUAUUAUUAACUAGUGUCCAUUAUUUAAAAAGUUGGGAUGCCUUAGAGUAAAGUUGAAUAAUUGUAUACUGUCUGAUGAUGCAUAUGAAUAGAUCAUCAGGAAUGCUUUUCUCAAAGCUAAGAAUCUUUGAAUCCUACUGACAAAGACAGCAAGUGAAGGCUGUUGUUCCACGUUCCUUGCCGAUAGAUUAGAUUCUCCCUCCCAAGAUUAGAUCCCCCAAAGAACUCGGAAGUUUUUUUUUUUUUUGUAAACAGAGAACUCGGAAGUUGUAUUCCACUUCUCUCGCAAUGUCCUUCCUCUUUUUCCACCUUUCCUUUUUUGACACCACCAAAAUAAUCACAAACAAAACUUAAUUAUGCAGCUUCUUUAAGUGCAAGUAACUAUGUUGAACUCUAAAUAAAUUCAGUUAAAAUACAUAAAUGAAUAACACAUUCUAAAUGCAAAUAUAUAUUGUCCUUAAUCUGGUUUUAUGCUUUAUGUAUUUGUGUUUCUUUUGAUAAAAUGUAUUUGUGUUUUCAGCUCUAAUAAAUUCACAUUUUUUACGGUACUCAAAUUUCGGAUCCAUCUUUCACUACUUCGCGACUAAAUUUGAAAAGAAAGCUUAAGAAAAAUGAAAGAUAGUUGUGUGCUUUGUUCUCAUGAUAUAUUAUUGAGCAUGGAGAAUGAAUUGUUCCAAGAACUAACAAUUAUUUUGCACAAAUAUUUUUCACGUUUUUUUGUACUUGAUCGAAAGAUGAAAUAAACUAAAUAUUCCCAUGAAAUUAAGAUUUUGAUAUAGCACGGCUAAAUCAAAGAGACCUUAAUUGCGAGACAUUGUAACGUUACAGUCAGUCUCUGGUUAUAUUUCUGUAUCGUAAUUCACCAGUCACGUUUCAUCAGCUCAAAUAUAUAAAGUACCAAUACUGACAAAAAUCAUGCAGUCAUUUUUUCUUUCUUCAGUCGUUAAUCUCUUAUUUAUUUUGGAUACUGACAUUCUAUUCACAAACUUCCCCCAGACAAAUAUCUUCGGACUAACUUCUGAUACAUAAAUAUCUAUUAUUUUGUUCUGAUAAUUUGUAUACUAUAUUUUCAUGUUUUGUUUGUUCUGGUAUCCAUGUGAUAGACUACUACAAUAUCUGAUAUCAUUUUUAGUCGACCUUUAGUGCUCUCACUGAAACCAUUCAGAGACGAUAGGCAAAACUCAAAACGAAAGCAACAUAACAUAUGAUAUAUAAUUUCUCCAUUACAAUAGAUAAUACAUCAGUACAUCCACUGAUUGAUUAAGCUGGAAAAUACAAAGCUAACUAAUUAAAUGUUUUUGACAUGAUCAGCAAAACAAAAUAUAAAAAUUAGCUAUAUAUAUAAGAACAUGAUACACAUUUACGUGUAAUAUUUCCCAUCAUUAUUUACCAUCUAAUACGUACUAAUUAUCUUUUCUUAAGGAUCCAUUCAUUUUCUAGUUAUGAAAUGACUGAUACGGCUUGAUCAAUGGAACAAGGGAGCCACUUAGGUGAAGCGACAUGACUUCGUUGGUUGAACCCACCAGCUUACCACUGACAAAAACAGCAGGAACAGCGUUGGUGCAGCCAAGACGGACUAAGGCCUUCUCUAUCUCGCGGCAGUCAGGAUCAUUGUCGAUCUCGUGGAUGGUUGGUUGAACCCUAAGGUCACGGAAAAGGAUCUGCACGGCGUAGCAAAGACAGCAUGAGUCUUUUGUGAAGAUCACAACUCCUUUCUCUGAUGACAUUCUCAUCACCUUGUCCAUGAUCAGAUUCUGAUCGGACGGCUCCCUCCAAAGAUCGAGAACUUAUGUAUCUUUUAGCUCUGGUUUAUGUUUCUUU